CGCUUUCCAUAGUUGCGUAUUCUGCCGGUGUCAUGUCUACUCUGUUGCUGAACGCGUGGUAGCGGUUAUUGCCAAUUUUCUUUUUUAUUCUGAUUCUGAGAAGUUAUUCUGAAAAUGGCAGAAAUGUUUAAAGGAGAGAGUACAGGACUAAAAUUCGCUGAGAAGAUGCUUCUGCGACACGGAUGGGAAAAAGGUAAAGGUCUGGGCAGAUCAGAGAAUGGCAUCACAGAAGCUAUCAAAGUCCAAAUUAAAUCUGAUAAAAAAGGGAUGGGCCAUAAAGAAGGUGAGCAGUUCAGUUUCCACUGGUGGGACCAUGUCUUUAACAAAGCCACGUCCAAUCUGGUUGUAGAAUCAGGGCAGAAUGGCGUAGAGGUGAAGAAGUCAGAUGACACCAAUGAUGAUUUGAUCUCCAAUAAGAAGCCACGCAAGGCUCAGCAAUCCAAGUCCAAGCUCUAUGGAUUUUUUGUUAAGUCCGCUACGCUGCUGUCAGGUGAGAAGCAAGAAAAAACCUCUGAUUCAGAUGACAGCAGUUCUGAAGAUGAGGACCAGAAACUGGACCUCUCCAGCUCUACCAAGCUAUCAGAUACAGAUCUGCUGAAAGCUUGCGGAGGACGAACAGCACACAAAGGAGCCAGACAUGGACUUACUAUGAGCGCCAAACUGGCCCGGCUUGAGCAGCAGGAGCAGGAGUUCAUAAACAAGUAUGGUAAGAAGAACCACACUGCUAAAGCAUCCACAAGCAACACAGAUUGUCUAAACCCUGAGGAACAUCAAGAUAUUAAAAAGAAAACAAAACACAAGAAAUCAAAAAGGCAGGAAGAACCAUCAGAUGAAGAUGAGAUGACGACACAGGUACUUCCCAGUAAUGAUACUGAGGAUGGCAAACCCGCAAACAGAAAAGACUCCAAUAUUGCUUCUGUGAAUGACAAUAUGAUCACAGACACAGAGCCAAAGAAAAAGAAAAAGAGAAAUCGCAAAGAAAAAGAAGCACUUGAGGAUUGUGUUAAUGGAGACUGCAGUGUAGACGUGAAUGAGGCGUUAACAUGCACAUCAGGUGAGCCAGACGCACACCUGCCGACGGAUGACACCACGGGCAAGAAGAAGAAGAAGAAAAAGACAAAACGGUCUGAAGUGGUUGCUGAGAUGGCUGAGGCAGACGAGAUCAGUGAGGAUUCCACAGACGCACACAGUGAACAGCCACAGGAGGGCAGUACUGAAUAUCAACAAACCUCUGACAAUGCCUCUAAGAGAAAAAAGAAGAAAAAGAAAUCCUCAGUGGAGCGUAAGGAAGAUGUGAUGGACACUAGCAAUGGAGCACAGAUGAUAGACACACAAACAGAAGAACAGGAGAAGGACAGGAAAAAAAACAAAAAGAAACGAAGCAAAAAAGAGGAGCAGGAGGUGGUAGAAAAUGUGGAGUUUGAUGAAUCUGUGCCAAAGAAAAAGAAAAAAAAGAGCAAAGAGUGAACUCACAUGCUGCCAAACUUGCUACAAACUCAGUAAGAUCAGAAACUGGGCUGCUGAUGAAAUGCAAGAAUCAUUUUGUCAAGAGACUUGAUGCAAACAUGUCCAGAUCACGU